AUGGCUUUGUGGGUUGAUAAGUACCGCCCAACCAAACUGGAUGAUCUCAGUUACCAUAAAGAUCAGGUUGAAAAGAUACGUUGUAUGGUUAAAGAGGAUAAUUUUCCCCAUUUGUUGGUUCAUGGACCAACUGGCGCAGGUAAAAAAACCAGAAUUCGAUGUAUUUUGAGUGAGUUGUAUGGAGUUGGAGCUGAAAGAUUACGACUUGAAACGAAAGCUUUUCAAACUGUGUCUAAGAAAACCAUUGAUAUCCAAACUCUUAGCAGCAACUAUCACAUUGAGCUGAGCCCUGGUGAUGCUGGUAUCCAUGAUAGAGUUGUCAUCCAAGAAAUCGUAAAGCAAAUGGCUCAAUCCGCACAGUUGGAUACAUCGCAGAAGCCAUUCAAAGUUUUGGUCUUGAUGGACGUUGAUAGAUUGACUAGGGAUGCUCAGCAUGCUUUGCGCAGAACAAUGGAGAAAUAUUCAGCGAAUUGUCGCUUAAUUCUCUGUUGUGAGUCGUUAUCAAGAGUAAUUGAACCUCUCCAAUCGCGUUGCGUUUCAAUUAGAGUGGCAGCGCCGUCGGAUGAGGAGAUAAAAAAAAUUGCUCUAAAAGUUGCUGAAAGCGAGAAGGUCUCCAUUCCUAGUACAGUAUUAACAGAGGUCAUCCAAAAAGCUCAUGGAAAUUUACGAAAAUGUUUACUGAUGAUUGAGGCGGCGAAGGCACAAAAUUAUCCAAUUAAAGAGAAUCAAACGGUUCCUAUCCCUGAGUGGCAGUUCUUUAUCAAGGAAACUGCCGAACUUAUGAUUCGUACUCAGAAAAACGAAACCGUUUUAGCCGUUCGAGAGCGAUUAUACGAAAUACUCUCGCGUUGUAUACCAGCCACCCGUGUUUUCGAGGAACUGAUUAAGGCUCUGGUUCCUUUCUGCUCAAACGAAGUUCUCGGAAAAAUGGUGAUUGAGGCGGCGAGUUGCGAACAUAGAAUGUGUAAAGGACAGAAAGCCAUCUUUCACUUAGAAGCUUUCGUUGUUGCUUUCAUGGACAUAUACGCUACCGAACUACUCUCGAAGAAAUCCAAAUAA